AUGCGCAUGGUUCUAUUCGCUAAAAAUAAGAUGAUGUUCGUCGAUGACACUCUUUCACGUCCGGAUUCCCCACCCACUGCGGUUGCAACCUGGGAUCGUUGCAACUUUAUGGUUCUCUCUUGGCUGUUGAUUGUUCUUACUCGCACCACUGCAGAUAGUGUCAUCUAUGCUGAGACGACUUAUUCCGUUUGGAAGGACCUUAAGGAGCUGUUUUCUCAUAGCAACGUCCCUCGUAUAUUCCAUCUCAAGCGCUCCGUUGCAACUAUCCAACAGGGCACUGAUUCUCUUUCCACCUAUUUUACUCGGUUGAAAGUUUUGUGGGAUGAACUCGCUUCCUAUGUUGUUGUUCCCACCUGCUCUUGUAGCGCUCAGCAUGCUCUCCAUUCAUCCGUUCAACAAGAACGUGUCUACCAGUUUCUCAUGGGCCUCUCCGACAGCUAUGCGUCCGUUUGCUGA